AGUGAAAUUAGCGAGGAAUCCAACAGCAAGCCGUUAGGCCCCCGAAAAGUGCAAUUACUGAUCUCUGUGUGGAAGGAAUAUUUUCCUAUCAGUAAGAGACGCAACUCUUCUGUUUCGGAACGCAUCUCAAAGCAGUUAAAUCAGAUGCUUCCAGGGCCCAGUUGUUCGAAGGCCAAUUAGCGCUUAACCCGGGGUUAAAUUUAACCUGGGUUUCUUUUUCUUCUGUUGAAAAGCAUUUUCUCGGAUAAUUUUCUCUGUUAUUUUUAGAGCCUCCAAUCAUCAACUUGUAGACAAAAAGAAUUAAAACUGAAAUGCCUUUUAAGCUUUCAAAUCUGAAUUCAAAUCUCGCACUAACCCUGGGUUAUCUUAACCCAGCUUUGAACAACUCGGCCCAGAGCAAAAUCUUCGCUGCGUUCGUACUUUACAGCAGUGCAAAGCAAAGAUUAAGAAUUUGGAAGAUGAAUUUAAAAGGAUCAAGGAUCAUAACAACAAAAGCGGAAACGAUCGCAUAACCUUUCCGUACUUCGACGACAUCAAUGCAGUUCUCGGCUGUAAACCAGGUGAUUUCUGA